AGCCUUGUGGGGCGGGGGCGCUGCGAUGACGUCACCGGUUUGCCGGAAGUCUCCUGAGGGCGCCGGCUUGGUCCCGGCUUUGUGGUGGAGGCUGGGGUCCGAUCCGACCUCCUGAAGGAACCACGGCUCCUGCAGUUUUGGAUGCUGCCUGUUGUACCAGGGGCACACCACUUGCGAAGCGGAUCUGCCACCUUAAGUCUCCGUGGAUGUUUGGAAAGAGGAAUGCCCGAGCCACCAGCUGAUAAAGCAUACAACCAACAGAAAUAUGUAGGCGGGAGACUUUGAAUUACUUCAUGAGUGCGAAUUGCUGCUUUUCGUUCCUUGUCAUAUCAUGAACAAUUUCUAGUUUGAUUAUCUCAAGUUUCAAUCCCGGUCCAGAAUCCUGUCUGCGAAGAGCCAAAGUAACCACUUCCAGUUUCUUAAUACAGCCACCAUGAUGGACUUCCUGAUUCUCUUCUUGUUCUACUUGGUGUUCAUGCUGGUUAGUGUUGUUAUGGUCUGCAUUUGCUCCAAAACCCACCGUUUGAAAGGUCUGGUCCAGGGAGGAGCACAGAUAUGUUCCUGUAUAAUUCCAGAAUGCAUUCAGAGAGCCGUGAGAAAAUUGCUUCAUUACCUCUUCCAUACACGCAACCAUGCCUUCAUUAUCCUGCACCUGGUCUUGCAAGGGACAGUUUAUACUGAAUAUACCUGGGAAAUAUUUGGCUACUGUCAAGAGCUGGAAUUCUCUCUGUAUUACCUUCUUCUGCCGUAUCUGUUGCUAAUUAUAUGCCUGAUUUUCUUCACCCUAACUUGUUUAACCAAUCCUGGCACCAUAACAAAAGAAAAUGAAUUAUUAUUUCUUCAAGUUUAUGAAUUUGAUGAAGUUAUGUUUCCAAAGAAUGCAAGGUGUUCUACUUGUGACUUAAGGAAACCAGCUCGAUCCAAGCACUGCAGUGUGUGUAAUUGGUGUGUGCACCGUUUUGACCAUCACUGUGUUUGGGUGAACACCUGCAUCGGGGCCUGGAAUACCAGGUACUUCCUCAUCUACCUUUUGACGUUGACUGCGUCAGCUGCCAUCAUGGCCAUUAUAAGCACCAUGUUUCUGGUCUGCCUGGUGACAAUGUCAGACCUCUACCAGGAAACUUACAUCGAUGACCUUGGACAUUCCCAGGCUGUGGACACAACCUUUCUUAUUCAGUACCUGUUCCUGACAUUUCCAAGGAUUGUCUCCUUGCUCGGCUUUGUUACGGUGCUGAGCUUCCUCCUGGGGGGCUACCUGUGCUUUGCUCUGUACCUGGCAGCCACCAACCAGACCACAAAUGAGUGGUACAAAGGUGACUGGGCCUGGUGCCAACUCUGUCCUGUGGUGGUCCGGCCCCCAUCAGCAGAGCCUCAAAUCUACCAGAACAUUCAUUCCCACGGGCUUUGGAGCAACCUCCGAGAAAUCUUUCUACCUGCUGUUCCAUAUUAUGAGAGGAAGAAGAAAUAAGAAUGGAAAGAAUACUCCUGCCUUUUAGAUCUGCUGUGGCAGAUAUCUUGUUUGCUCAUCUUAUGCUGGCACUGAGCACCUCCGGUCCCAGUGUCAGGGUCAAGAGAUGACUUCUCUGAGGUUCCAGGUGACAAUGAGACCUCUCUACAGUCUA